AUGGGGAGCACCCUGGGCUGCCACCGCUCCAUCCCCAGGGACCCCUCAGACCUGUCUCAUAACCGCAAGUUCAGUGCAGCCUGCAACUUCAGCAACAUCCUGGUGAACCAGGAGCGGCUCAACAUCAACACAGCCACCGAGGAGGAGCUGAUGACCUUGCCAGGCGUGACACGUGUUGUGGCCCGCAGCAUUGUGGAGUACCGAGAGUAUAUCGGAGGCUUCAAGAAGGUAGAGGACUUAGCCCUGGUCAGCGGUGUGGGUGCCACCAAGCUCGAGCAGGUCAAGUUUGAGAUCUGUGUGAGCAGCAAGGGCAGCUCUGCCCAGCAUUCUCCCAGCUCCCUGCGGCGGGACCUGGUAACUGAGCAGCAACCUUACCACCUAGCCACCACGGUGCCCCUCACCCCACGUGUCAAUAUCAACACAGCCACCCCAGCUCAGCUUAUGAGUGUGCGAGGCCUCACUGAGAAGAUGGCCCUCAGCAUCGUGGACUACCGCCGGGAUCACGGGCCCUUUCGCAGCGUGGAGGACCUAGUGAGGAUGAACGGUAUCAAUGCCUCCUUCCUGGACAAGAUUCGGCACCAGGUGUUUGCCGAGAGGUCCAGGCCCCCCUCCACCCACACCAAUGGGGGCCUGACCUUUACAGCCAAGCCCCACCCCAGCCCCACCUCACUGAGCCUACAGAGUGAAGACCUUGACCUGCCGCCAGGGGGCCCCACCCAGAUCAUCUCCACUCGGCCCUCAGUGGAAGUCUUUGGAGGUACAAGGGAUGGGCGGCCUGUGCUGAGACUCGCCACCUGGAACUUGCAAGGCUGCUCCGUGGAGAAGGCCAACAACCCAGGGGUACGAGAGGUGGUAUGCAUGACACUCCUGGAAAACAGCAUCAAGCUUCUAGCUGUGCAAGAACUACUUGACAGAGAGGCCUUGGAAAAGUUCUGUACCGAGCUCAACCAGCCAAUCCUGCCCAACAUCCGCAAGUGGAAGGGGCCCCGGGGGUGCUGGAAGGCUGUGGUUGCUGAGAAACCCUCGAGUCAGCUCCAGAAGGGUUUGGGGUAUUUGGGCUUCCUGUGGGACUCUGCAGUUGGGAUGGAGCUGAAAGACACCCCCUUGCAGGAGAGCUCGCCGGGCAAUGGGCAUGAAAAAUCGUCGCAUCCCAGCCCUUACCUCGCGCACUUCAAGAUGGGAAGUAAUGAGUUGACCCUUGUUAACCUUCAACUGGCAGCCCUGACCCUCCCAGGGGCCGAGAAUCCCAGCAAGAAUCCCACUGACGUUGUCCACUUGACCAGCUUCACGCAGACCCUGCAGGAGACCCUGAGAGGAGAAAAAGACGUGGUUAUUUUAGGAGAUUUUGGUCAAGGGCCAGAUAGUAGUGAUUACGAGAUCUUGAGGAAAGAAAAAUUCCACCACCUGAUUCCCGCUCACACCUUCACCAACAUCAGCACCAAGAACCCUCAAGGUUCCAAGUCUCUGGACAACAUCUGGAUCAGUAAAAGCCUGAAGAAGGUCUUCACAGGUCACUGGGCUGUAGUGAGAGAGGGUCUCACAAACCCUUGGAUUCCCGACAACUGGUCCUGGGGAGGAGUGGCUUCUGAACAUUGCCCAGUACUAGCCGAGUUUUACAUAGAAAAGGACUGGAACAAGAAGGAAGGCCCUCGGAGUGGCAGCGGGGUGACCUUGGAGCGAAGUGAAGCCAACAUUAAGCAUGAGCGAUGA